GUUGCUGGUCUGCUGUUACGAAAGAUUGCCGGAAGAUGUUGAAAAUCCUAAAUAUUCUGAAUACCUCAGUGUGCUCAAACAUCGCCAAAGCUAGUGCAAGCACGAGUGCGCUUCCAAAAGUGCUAUCGGAAUGGAGUCCUCCUCGACAAGUGUGGCUAGAGAACAUGAGCACAGUGGAGGAGAAAAAAGUUGGAAUCAUUGAACUGAACAAUUCUAUAUUUGGUGCGGCUCCACGGAUAGAUAUCGUUCAUCAAAACAUUGAAUGGCAGAGGAAGUAUAGGUUUGUGAGCUUUGCUCACACGAAAACCAGGAACGAAGUGCGAGGUGGAGGGCGAAAACCUUGGCCACAAAAAGGCUUAGGAAGGGCACGACAUGGCUCCAUUAGAUCCCCCCUGUGGAGAGGAGGAGGCAUCGCGCACGGCCCAAGAUCGCCAACGACACAUUUCUACAUGCUGCCCUUCUACAAUAGAGUGCUCGGACUUGUAUCAACAUUGUCGAUUAAAUUGGCACAAGACGAUCUACACGUGGUGAAUGAUUUAGAAAUUCCAACCGAUGAUCCACAGUACUUGAAAGAUUUAGUAGCCGCACGACUGUGGGGUCCUUCAGUUUUGUUCGUCGACUCGUCGGAUGUUUUGCCGACGAACAUUUCUGUUGGUGCUGAAACCAUCAACCACAUCAACUUGAUGCCUGUGUACGGGCUGAAUGUAUAUUCCAUGUUGAAACACAAUACACUGGUUUUAACAGAAAGUGCGAUUAAGGACAUCGAGCGGAAACUUUUAGAACACCUAAAUCGUACUGAUGCUCGUGCUUUGAUGUCCAAAUUUAGAUACGACAAAUAAAAUAAAAACUAAAACAAGAUUUAGUACUCGUAUAGUGGAAAUGUGUAUAAUUAUGUCU